UCGCGCCUCUGCAGCACGAGGCCGAUGGGGCACUCAUACUAGCGUACUGUUUAGAAAUGUAGUAUAGGGUACACACGAGAGAAAGAGCGUCGUGUAUUUUGUCAGGCGUAUUUUGAUAAAGUAAUUAAAACGAACGAACAUGUACAGUUACAUACAAACCUAUUCACCACGAUGUUGUGUAAAAUGUACAUGUAUUUACGUUGUUUUGGUCAGAAACUGCUGAAUGAAGUUUCCUGGCGGGUUGCUUCAGACUAACAGGACAGUGGAAGUGCUGUGUAAGGAACGAUGUCUGCACUUGUGGAUGAAGCGAUCAAACUGUACAAGGCAGAGGAAUUAAGACUGACUGAAACUAUCCGACAAUACAAGGAACUUAUACGUUCUAUGAAAACACGUGUGCAGGGCAAUGACGAGGAAGUGCCUAUCAACAUUAAAGAUAAUGAAAUUCCUUUGAAAGAGAGACAAGAGAUUGAACUCCUAGAACAAGCUCUGAAAAAAGCUUUAAAAGUUCGCAGCAGCUCUGCAGUGUCAAAGGCUCCUGGUGCAGCUUGCCAAGAAGAAGAUCAUUCAAAUGCCAGUCUCAAUAAAGCAGCUAUUAAUGGUGCUGGUAAAGAUACAAGGAAAACGAAACAGCAAAUGUUAUCAUCCACCGAAGUGAAGAAAUGCCAUCAGCGAGGAAAUCACACACUGCACUCUCGAGUCAAGACUCGACCCACCGUUAAUGGAAAGCAAUUAGCUACAAAACUGCUACCAGUCCAAAAAAAUCCAGAAGCAGAUUCCCAAAAGAAGCCUGGUUACAAAGAAUCAGACGGCCUUAAUACACCUUCUCAAAAAGAGCAGACCUCACAGUCAGACCAGGAGUCCAAAGUUCAAUGGGUGCCAUCUCCACUGAUACCAUUAUGGCAGGGUCAACGGGCCAAAAAAUACAGGCUAUGGAACAAAGUUCUGACCAGACACACUAAGCCUGUACCAGAGAGAGACCAGUUUAGGAAGAGACUUGCCAGCACUUUCCCAACGGAUUGGCCUUCUGUCCACACAGCGGUCAUGGAAGCAGAGUUAGAUGUCAUCACCCAGCUGGCACUGGACCUGACUCACUGCUACAAUGCAGAGCUCCAGAACCUCCGACUGGCCAGCGAUCCGGAGACGUCCAUGGAGAGGGAAUAUGAAUCUCUUCUAAUGCUGGCAGGCUUGGAAGAAAUGAUGACCAAAGUCAUUAAACAUGCCAGCCACCUUAAAAAAGACUGGGAGACAAGACUGGCAUGGUGGCAUGGCUCAUUGUGCCCUCUGCGAAGUACAAAUAAGUGGUCAGACCAGGAGCGGUGCCUGCCCUCUUUACUGGUCUACAGCAGUGAAGGUGACCUGGCUGAACUACUAGCUGAGAGACUGCACAUUGAUCAUCUUCAGCUGGAGAUCCGUCUGCACCAGGCAAUGUGUGAUACACUAGUGGAUUUGGACCCUUGUGAGGCUUCGGCUGUGUGCCCCAGUGCUACUGUCUUGCGUGGUGUUUAUUCACUACUUGCAGAAGGUAGUGCCUACUUUCCUAGCCUGGUGUUGGACACUGAACCAGCUCAAACAUAAAAAAGAUGACAUUUACAUUGAGGUGUCUUUAAUCAACUUUUUUUAAUCAUUUUAAUUCCCUGAUGCUGGCACAGCCUCUGCCAUAUGCACGACACUCGCAAAGGACCAAAUGCUUUCUUUCACUGGCCAGCGGCAUAUUCUUAUAAGAGGAAGGAACCAAUGAGCUCUCCACAAUCCUCUGGCUAUGUCUCAACCAAGCUGUGUGUGUGUGUUGGGACAUUUUGUAAAUACAAUAAAUUAAAGAAUGUGUGAUUUGUUAA